UCCACAAGAUGGCAGCGUCUGAAGACGAGUUGUUUCUGCCGCGGCUUCCGGAGCUGUUAGAAACCAGCAAGAAACUUCUGGAGGACGUGGAAGUAGCAACUGAACCCACCGGCUCCCGAACAAUCCAGGAUAAGGUGUCCAAAGGACUAGAACUCCUUGAGAAGGCCGCUGGAAUGUUAUCGCAGCUUGAUUUGUUCAGCCGAAAUGAAGAUUUGGAAGAGAUUGCUUCCACCGACCUGAAGUACCUGAUGGUGCCAGCGCUGCAAGGAGCUCUCACCAUGAAACAAGUCACCAGCAAGCGUCUAGAUCAUUUGCAGCGGGCUCGAGAACACUUCAUAAAUUUCUUAACUCAGUGUCAUUGCUAUCAUGUGGCAGAGUUUCAGCUACCCCAAACCAAGAAUAACUCAGCUGAAAAUAAUACUGCUAGCUCCUCCAUGGCCUAUCCAAAUCUCGUUGCUAUGGCAUCUCAAAGACAGGCUAAAAUAGAGAGAUACAAGCAGAAGAAGGAGAUGGAGCAUAGGUUGUCUGCACUGAAAUCUGCUGUGGAAAGUGGUCAAGCAGAUGAGGAGCGUGUUCGUGAAUAUUACCUCCUUCACCUACGGAGGUGGAUUGGUAUCAGCUUAGAAGAGGUUGAGAGCAUUGACCAGGAAAUAAAGAUCCUGAAAGAAAAAGAUUCUCCAAGAGAGGAAUCAGCUUGUCACUCAUCUCUUCCAGAGAAGCCUCCAAUGAAACCCUUCAUCCUCACUCGGAACAAGGCUCAAGCCAAAGUAUUUGGAACUGGUUAUCCAAGCCUGGCAACUAUGACGGUGAGUGACUGGUAUGAACAACAUCAGAAAUACGGAGCAUUACCAGAUCGGGGAAUAGCCAAGCCGACAUCAGCUGAUUUCCAAAGAGCAGCUCAGCAGCAGGAAGAUCAAGAGCAAAAGGAUGAAGAGAAUGAGGAGAAAGCCUUGCACAGGAUGCGAGAGUGGGAUGACUGGAAGGACACCCAUCCCAGGGGCUAUGGCAACCGACAGAACAUGGGCUAGUCGUUCCAGAAGGCCAAAGGACAACGUGGUGCACACCUUCACACCGAGGACAACUUCAGGAGGGUGCAGUGAGGGCAGCCAUGCAGAGUCUUGCAUUGCAUUUGAUAGUGUCAGAUAAUUGCUUGUACCCUAGGUCAUGACCAGUGAAUUUUUGUUUGGUUUUAUUAACCUCAUCAUGGUGUAUUCUGAUUUCUUAAGUGGUCAGAAAAGAGCACCAAGAAAUGGAUCUAUAUAACCAACGAUAGUAUAAAUUGAUUCUCUUAAAAAAAUAAUAAAAUAAGACCCCCUCUAUUAUGUGGGCCUAUGUACAAA